AUGUAUUUUAAUAAAGAUAGAAAGGAUAAAGAUGAGGAGGUAAAAAAAAAUGUGGUAGUAAAUAAAAGUAUGAUGGUCCAGAAAAAUAAAAAGUACGUGAAGAAUAUGAAGCAGUCAUCUUAUAAUAUGAAAUAUGUGAAUAAAUUUUAUAAACGUAAUAGUAACAUUUCAACGUUUAAUAAUAAUAAUUUUACCUUUAUGAAUUUUAAUAAUUUAAAAGUUGAAAAUAAAAAUAGCCAACAUGUAUAUUUUAAUAGAAAUAGUAAUUUUAAUAACAACAUUAAAGAUAAUAUACGUUCAAGUAUUUAUAGUAAUAAACAAAAUUAUUUUGAUCAGGAUAACAUAAAUUAUAAUACUUUAAUAAAUUCACAAACAUGUGUAUGUUCUAUACAUAUAGACAAAACAGAUGAUGAUAUUAGUAAACAACAAAAUAUAAUUAAUAAUGUACAUUUAUAUAAUGAUUUAAAUCAUAGUUCAAAAAAUAGUUAUCCUAUAUUUAUGGAACAAAUUAAUUUUACAGAUAAUAUUGUUUUGUUAACGGGUAUAUUAAUUCUACCUUAUAAUGAUAAAAUUUUUAAUAAUCUUGAAUUUGAAGGGAAAACAAAUCCUAUACCCGCAGAAUGUAAUUUAAGUAUAUAUGUUAAUGUAGUAAAUCAAUAUGAUUCUCAUUAUUUUAAACAAUUAUAUAAAUUAUCUUAUAAUUUUAAAAACAGACUCUUAUUUGCUGCAACAAAUAAUGAUACUAUAGAUUCAUCUCUAUUAAUUGAUCAAAUUAUUAUCAAAGGAAAUUUUAAAAAUUUAUCACUCAUCGUACUUGGACAAAUAGAAAAUGUUCCAGAAGCACUUAGAUAUUUCAAAGAAAAUCUGUACGACAAUAACAUGAGAAGUAGCACUAACAAAGAGACCUUGGAUGUAGAAAAUGUUGAUUUUGAAAAGGACGAAAUUUAUGCCCCACAUAAAAAUGUAGACAUAAAAACAUAUAACUUGAACAGUUUAAUAAAAGAAAAUAUUUCUUUAGAUAUUCUUAAUUAUCAAUGUAACAUAGAACAGAAUUUUAUACAAACGGGCUAUAGAAACACUCAUCUGUACAAAUUGUCAAAUGUUUUAGAAGAACAAUUUUUAUCAAAUAAUAUUCAACAUAUGAGUCAACUUAAGGAUGACAAAAAUGAUGAAAUUUCAAAUAAUCAAGAAGAAAAACAUUAUAGAGAAUCAAAAAACGUUUCAGAAAAUAUCCAAGAAGAAUCCAUAACAAAGGAACAUAUAUCUAGUGAUAAAGAAAAUUCACCAAAUAACAAUAAUAACAACGAUUUAAAGAAACAUAAAAAAAGAAACGAAAAAAGUGUCCUUACCAAUACAAGUGUAAAUAACAAUCUCUUGAAUAAUGAUAAUAAUGAAAAGGAGAAUGUAAGUCAUAAUGAACAUACUGAUAUAGAAAAAAAAAACAUAAUGAAGGAACCAUUUGUUCCACCAAGUAACAGAUUAAUUAUACAGCUAUUAAACGAACUAACUAGUAUGUAUAAAAAUGAAAAAGAAAUAUAUAAAAAUAAUAUUCCUAUAUUUAAAAAAAUUAUAAAAUUUGGUGCUAUGUGGAUAUUCUAUAUAUAUAAAAAUAUACAAAAUGAAAAGGAUGCAUUCUUUUUAAACUAUUAUAAGUAUAUACAAAUUAAAUUACAUGAUAUAUUAGGUGCACUUUUUAUAUUAAGAAGAUGUGCUUUGUAUCCAGAAUUAUCAAAAUAUAUAAUACAUCUUAACUUUAAUACAAAUAUUCUAUAUUAUGAUUCUACAUGUCCCCAUGUCUUAAUCAAUUUAAUUGACAUGCUUCAUAUCCAUGAUAUAUAUUUUUUAUCCUCAUGGAAAAUUAAAACGGCUAUAUUAAAGACCAUAAUUGCAUUUGUUUCGAAUGCCUAUGUUAUGAACCUUUUUUGUAAUUACGUGGAUGAAAAUAAUGACACGCUAUAUAAAAGGUUAUUAGAGUUGUCAUCACACAGGAAGCUGAAAAGAUAUAAUAUUAAAAGAUUGCUGGGUAUAAUUUUAAGCAAGGUUAAACUUUUUGAAGAAAUAAGCAAAUGGGAAGAGAGCAUCAUGAAUAUUAUUACGAAUAGAAAAACGUAUGAACCUAAUUUGUUUAAUAAAGAAAUAUGCUGUAAACUUAUAUAUGAAUUAAAAAAUGUACACAAAGAAUUAUUUCAACAUACAUGUUAUUAUAAAAGUAAAAAUAGCUGUUAUGAUGCUCUGUAUGAGAAUGAAAUUUUUGUUUUUGAUGAAAAAAAUAAUAAGAAAAUAUUUUACAUACAUAAAAUACAUAAUUAUAUUAUUUCAUAUCUAGAAUAUAAACAAUUUUUUAAUCUUUUUCUUUAUAUUUUAAAAGAAUUUGAAAUACACAUUAAAAAUUCUCUCUUCUUAAAUUCUUAUGAUAUUUGUUUUAUUACAGCUAUGAAUGAUUUCGUGUUUUAUUUCCUGAACUGUUCAGGUGGAAUUAAUGUGUUAAUGAAAUAUAACAUAUCUCUAUAUGAAGUAUUUUAUAGGAAUAUAUGUUUAAUAAUAAAUAAAAAAAUGAAAGAAAUAAAUAUGAGUAUAAAUGAGAAAAAAGAAAAUGAAAUGAAUGAAGCAAAUAAUAAUGAAGAUAAUUAUUCUGACGAAAAUAAUAUUCCAAAUGAAAAUAUGAAUAUAAUAAAAGAAAACAAUAUUAACGAUUAUGAUGAUAAUAUGAAUGAUCAGCUUGAUGAUAAUCUUAAUAAUAAUAUGUAUUUCCAAGGAACUAAUAAUUUAAAUAAUCCAAUGGAUGAUAUUAUAUAUGACAAUAAUUAUAAUACAAGGAAUGAAGAUAAUGAAUUGACAUGUGUAUAUGACGACCCGUAUAGCGAAAAUUAUACGCACAAUAAUGAAAAUAAAAAUGAUAAUAAAAGUGGUAUUCAUAUUAAUAAUAAUGAUGAUAAUAAUGAUAAUAAUAAUAAUAAUAAUAAUAAUAAUAAUAAUAAUAAUAAUAAUGAUAAUAAUAAUGAGGGUUAUUUUUUUAGUGGACAGGGAACAAAAGAAACAAAUGAUUUAUUAAACAAUGAAGAGAAUAAAAUUAAGGAAAGUAAUUCAUAUUUUUUAAAUUCGAAUUAUACUACAGAUAAUAAUAAUAAUAAUAAUAAUAAUAAUAAUAUGAAAGAUGAAAAAGAUGUAGUAUAUAAUGUAGAUGAUAUCAACAUGGAAUUCAUAUAUAAUGAAAAGAAUUUCUUUUAUGAUAAUAUAAAAAGUGUAUAUACAUAUAAUGAUAUAUUAAGAAAUAAAGAUAUAUCGGAUGAAUUAUAUUUAAAUGGAUAUAAUUAUAAAGAUAUGAAAAAUAUACGUAAUUAUUGUUCUUAUAUUCUUUGUUCAUUAAAAAUAUUUUGUAAAACAAAUAUAUUAAUAUAUAACUUUUUUAAUAGUGGAAAAGAAAUAUCUUUAACAUAUAUUAAAUUUUUUAAUGUUUUAUGUAAUUAUCCUUUAUCCAAGCUAGCCAUAUUUAAUAAUAACAACUUUUAUAAUUUCUUUCAUCAUAUUAUAUAUUUAUUUUAUUAUUUUAUAUAUUUAGAAAAAAUAUAUGAACAUAAUUGGAAAAAAAAUAACAAAAAAAAAAAAAAUGACAUAAUAAAGAAAAACAAUCAAACGGAACAAAAUGAAAGAGAAACACCCCAAGGAAUUGAUCAUAAUGAUGAUGAUAAUAAUAAUAAUAAUAAUAAUAAUAUAAAUCAUUGUGUUAAUAAUAUAAAUAUACUUGACCCUUCAAAUAAUUCUCAACAAGAUAAUAAACAAAAUAAUAACACUAAUGAAUUUAUUUUGGUAUCUAUAAGAUAUUUAUUAAAUAUUAUUUAUAAUUUAAUAUUUUAUGAUGAUAGUGGUUAUUUUAUAUUUCAUUUUGGUUAUUCUAUAUUUGUGUGUCUAGAAGAAAUUCAACAUAUUACAGGAGAAAUAAAAAAAGAAAAAGAUCAUUCUUAUGGUACCUUAAAUAAUAAAGAAACUAAAAAAAUAUUUUUAAAACAUUACAUAAGUCAUGAUAAAUUAUUUUAUAAAACAUAUUUCGAUUUGUAUUACAAUUUAAGAGGUUUGUAUCUUGAUUUAUAUAAAUAUGAAAAGAAGAAAUUUAAUGAAAUGGAUAAGAAUAAAAAGAAAGAAGCCUACAAAGAUAGUAUAUUUAACAUAUUAAAUAAAUAUAAUAAAAGUGUUAAUAAAAGAAAUAAUAAUCCUACACAAGAACAUAUAAACAUUAAUGAAAAUAAUAGAAACCACGAUGGAAAUAAAAAUAAUGAUUUUGUUGAAAAAAUAAAACAAGACUUAUUUGAUAAUGAAGAUAUUAUUCUCAACUUAUUUCCAUUAAAAUCAAAAUAUAAUCCAAAUAUUAAAAAAAUAAUUGAAUGUUGUAAAAUUGACAAAGAUAAAUAUUCUUUAAGAAGAUCAAAAGAAUUAAAUAACUCUAUUACUAAAUUAAACAAUGAUAUAUAUAUAAACAAUUCAACAAGAAAUUGUAUACUUUUGGGAAAUACAAAUUAUGAAUUUGUAGAAUUAUUAGAAGAAUUGGAUGAUACAUCAACAGAAAAUAAUAUAAAUAAAAAAUUGGAUACGUAUCCAUUCUUACCUUUACAUUUAUUGUAUUAUUAUAUGAAUCUAUGUUCUAAUGUAAAUUAUUUUGAUAAUAUAUAUGAUCCUUACAAUGAAAAACAAACACAUGCAGUUGACAGGACAAACGAAUCAAAUUUAGAGUAUGACGAUGAUAAUAAUGAUAAUAAUAAUAAUGAAGAUGAUGAUUAUGAUGAUGAUGAGGAGGAGGAGGAAGAGGAGGAUGAAGAUGUGGAUGAUACUUAUGAUGAUGAUAAUAAUAAUUAUAAUAAUUAUUAUGAUGAGGAAAACAAAUAUAACAACGAAAAUUUUGAUUAUUAUGAUAAGGAUGGUCAAAAUAAAAAGAACCAUGCACAUAAACCAAAAAAUAAUCAUAAUAAAAAAGUUUUAAAAAAAAGAAAAAGAUAUGAUUAUCAAAGCAAAGAACCCUUUAUUAUUAACAAUGAUGGUUUUUUCUAUAAAGGUUUUGAAUAUCAUAAUUAUUUGUGUAUAAAAAAUAAUAAAUUAGACGAAGUCAACAAGCCAAUUAAAGAAUAUUCCAAUGUACACACAUUUUUAGAAAAAGAAAAAAAAAAAAAAAAAAAAAAUUUAUUAACAAGUCAGGUAAAUUAUAAUAAUAUAUAUUAUACAAAUGUAGAUCCAAAUGAAAGGUAUACAGAGAAUAUUUUUCUAAUAUCAAAUUAUAUAAAUAAAUAUGAUGUAGAAAAUAGUAUAAAAAAUAUAGGAUCAGCAUUAUAUUGUGAAAAUAAUUUAGAUUUCUUAAUUAAGUUGAUAUCAAAAAGUAUUAUAUUUUUAAAUAUGAAUAUAUUUAAAUUAGCACUAAUGAAUUUUAAUAAAUUCAGUGGAAGGAAUUUAUACAAAAUAUUAAAGAGUCGAUUAAAAACUUUGUUUUUUGUUAAGAGUAUAUUAAACGUGCUCUUUAAUUUUUUUUAUAAUUUAACACAUGAUAAUAAUGAAUUCAUAACAUUAAAAACUUAUAGAAACAAUGAAUUGUUUUAUUCAUUAUUAUAUUUAUUAAAUAAAUUAUUAAGUUUUAAUGAUUGGUUAGGUUCAAAUAAUAUAACUGAAUAUAAUCAUCAUUCAUCUAUAUAUAUAUUAAGAUAUAAUAUAAUAUAUAUAUUAAGGAUAUUUUAUUUAUGGUUUAACAAAACAUCUGAUAAUCAAUCCUUUUUAUUUCGUUCGGUAUUAAAAUAUACGAGACUAAUUCCUUCUUAUAGUACAUCUGGAAUGCUACUACUACUAACAUUUUUGGACUUUAAAUAUAUUUUCCCAUCAUAUGUAUAUUCUUUUUAUAUUUCUAAGGAUUUAAAAAAUAUCUGCUAUGAAGGAACCAACAGUGCGAUAAAUGUAAAAGAGGAAGAGGAAGAGGAAGAUGAGGAAGAAGACCAAGGGACGAAAAAUAGGGAAGAUGAACUUAUUUUGGAAGACUCGGAAUUGGAUGAUCUGGAUUAUAUUAACGACGACGAUGAUGAUGAUGAUGAUAAUAAUAAUGAUGAUGAUAAUAAUGAUGAUGAUAAUAAUAAUGAUGAUAAUAAUAAUGAUGAUGAUAAUAAUAAUGAUGAUGAUAAUAAUAAUGAUGAUGAUAAUAAUAAUAAUGAUGAUAAUAAUAAUAAUGAUGAUAUCAAACUUCCUAAGGGUAAAAGAAAAAACAGCAAGAAAAAAGAACCCAUCAAAAAAACAACAAUUAAUAAAAGAGGUGGAAGGAAACCAAAAAACAAAGUUGAAGAUAUUAAAAAGGAAGAUAACGAACAAGUGAAUAAUCAUGAACACGAUACAGAAGAAAUGAACAAAGAAGAAGAAACAAAUGAGUGUGAUAAUAAGAAAGGUAAAAGAGGAAGACGAAAUAGUACCAAAAGUAAAAGAAAUGAAGAUACUGAAAAUUUAAAAGAAGAGACAAUACAAAAUAAUAAGGAAGAAGUACAUAUAGAUAAUAAUCUCAUAGAAGAAAAAAAAGUGGAUUUAAAAAUAAAUGAUAAUAUAUGUAAUACUAUAAAUGAAGAAUACACUAUUAUAGGGUUACCUAAUUUUAACAAAUUAGAUAUUUAUGAAAAUAAUUAUGAAACCUUUGUUUUGUAUUCAAACAUUUUAAAUAGGAAUAACGGAACUAGAUUAUUUAGCGACGAAGAAGAAGAAGAAGAAGAAGAAGAUGAGGAGGAGGUAGAAGAAAUAGAAGAAAGGAAAAAAAAAAAAAGAGUAGGAAAGAAGGAAGAAAUUAACGAAGAAGUUGAAAAUAUUAAACAAGAGAAAGAAUAUUACGGAGAAAGAAAACAACAAUUUGGAAAACCAAAUCAAGAUUAUGAGUAUGAAGAAAAACGGAAUGCAAUGGAACGUGAAUUAGAAGCACGAACAGAAUCACAUAUAUUACCAUCACAAGAAGAAAAAGAUGAUUUGUAUUCUGAACGAGGUAGUGUUUUAAAUAUAUAUAAAAAUAAAGAAUAUAAUUCUUAUGGUUAUAAUAAUAUAUAUAUGGACAAGAAAAAUGAUUAUCAGAAUAAUAUGCUUUUAAGGAAAGAUAAAGAACUGGAAAAAAUCAUUUUAUAUUAUAAAUUAAAUAAUCCAUUUUAUUUGAAUGAGAAAGAGAAAAGUGAAUGUUUAUAUUUAUGUUGUGAUAUAGAUAUCACAAAACAAAUUAUGAAUGAAAAUUAUUGUGAGCAUUUCCGUGUAUUCAACUUAAAUUAUUCUUCAGAGGAUUAUGAAGAAGUGUUUUUUCAAGAUUAUAAGAAAAGAGGUUUUUAUAUGAGAAAGAAUUAUAUAUCAUUAUUAGGAAAUCUAAGUAUGAAUUUUAAAAAUAUAAAGGAUGAAAUGGACACAUUAACAAAUCAGAAAGAGAAAAGUAAUAAUAAUGGAAUAAAUAGUAUGAUGAAUAAUUCUUUGGAAGAUAAUGUAUUAAACAAAAAUUUUUUAGGAAAUCAUUUCAAGGGUGUGUCAUUUUUAACAUCUAAACGAAUAUUAAAUAAUAACAGUAAUAAUAAUAUUAGAACCUAUGGUAAAAAUAAUGGUAUAAAUAUAUCUAAUGAUUAUUUAAAUAAUACUAGCCAUAGAGAAAAUAAGAACGUUUCACGAGAACAUUUAAAAUAUGAACAAUCCAUAUUAUUAAAGACGGAUGAGAGGAAAGGAGACAAAUCAUUAUCUUCAAAUAAUAAGAAUAAUUUAUCUAAGAAAAUAAAAAGAAUAGAAUAUAUUACAAGGACAUGUCCAUAUUCAAUAAAACAAUUUCUUCAACUAAAUGAUGACAAUUGUGAGGAAGUUGAAAAUAAUAAUAUUAAUAUUAAUGGUAGUAGUAGUAAUAACAACAACAACAACAACAACAACAACAACAACAAUAAUAAUAAUAAUAAUAAUAAUAAUAGUUAUAAGAAUGAAGGUAAUUUUAAUUAUUAUUUUAAUGAAACGAAGGAAGAUGAUCACGAAGAUGUUAUACUUAACAAAUUAAGAAGAGAAGAAUAUUUAUAUGAUCAACAUAUCAGUGUCAAUAAUUUAAAUGAAGAAGAAAGAUCAAAAUUAUUUUUAAUUCGUAAAGAAUUAAAAAAUAAGGAAUAUACAAAUUUUGAAGACUUUUGUGAUUAUAUAAAUUUUAUUAUAAGAAUUAGUAAAAGUAAUAAUAUUAUUGCUAGAUGUUUAAGUGUUCAAUGUUGUGUUAUAUUUGUUAAUCAUAGAAUACCUAUAUUUACAAUAUUAUAUGAUCAUAUAUAUAAAAUCAUAACCAAAUUAAAAGAUUUCAAUUUUUUAAGUGCAAAUCAUAAAAAAGAUUAUAGAUCUAGUAGUAUUGUUAUGAAUAAAAUUAAUUAUUUCUCCUUCUAUUCAUAUAAUUCUACACAAUUAAAUAAUGUUUAUUAUACAUUUAAUGAAGAAAUAUAUCUACUCAAAGAAUUAUCUAAUAUGUUUUCGUUUCUAUUAGAUAUAAUAAAAAUUUGUUUCUUUAAUAAUUACAAAAAUAAUUAUAAUAAAUUAAUUAAACUGUUAUAUCUCCCUUCUGAAAAAUUAUUGAUUAUAUUAUAUAAUUUUAUUAAUAACUUGAAGAAGAUAUUUCCACAGGAGCUCAUACGUUUUAUAAUCAAAAUAUCAAGCACCAUAUUUCAUGGGUAUGCAUAUGUUUUUUUCUUAUUUUUCCAUAAGCAUUCAAUUUUUUAUAAUAACACAAAUGAGAACAUGCAAAGUAAGAAAGCCAAGGACAAUUUAGAGGGUACAAAGAAAAAAAGAGAUAUUAAUAAUAGUGAUGAUCAUUUAGUUUAUGAUGAAGAUGAUUUAUUUUAUAAUCAUGAUAAUUUAUUUUAUCAUAAAGAUCAUUUUUUUAAGGAAAGAGAAUAUGUUAAAAAAGUUCAGAAACAAUCAACAAAGGAAUGUAAAGAAGCAUCCUAUUAUUAUUCUAAAUCAGGUUCUGUUAAUUCAUUACAAUAUAAUGAAAAAGAAUUAUUUUCUUGUCCUAAUUAUAUGAAAUAUAUAAAAUAUUUUAUACAAUAUUAUUUUGAAUUGAUUAAUACGAAAAAUAUAGUGGAUCGAAAUAAUAAAGAAAUACUAUAUAAAUAUACAGAUUAUGUAGAUUUAAAAACAGUACAAUAUUGUUUAAUAAAUAUAUAUGAAAUAAUAAAAAAUAAAAUCUUUUAUUUCUUUACAUUCUUUAAAGUAGAAAAAAAUUUAAUAAAUCUAUUUUUUAAAUAUAUACAUAAUUAUAAAGAUCACAGAAAAAAAAUACCAUGCAUAUUUUAUAAAGCACGAGGAAAAAAUAUCAUCAUAAGUAUGAACAAGGAGAAACAAAAUAAAAAUAAUGCUGAUCACAAUAAUAAACAUCACGAAACAAAUUCUGAUAGUAUGAAUCACCAUCAUCAUCGUGAUAAUAAUGAAGAAAUAUAUAACAAUGUAAAAUAUUAUAAUGACGAAAUAGUAUUUUUCCAUGUGUACGAUUUUUGUGUACGUUUAAACAAGCACAUUAAUAUUGGUAAUUUGUUGGACUUCUUUUCCUUUUACUUUGAUAUAAUAGAAGAAACGAAUAAUAAAAUUAUUGAAUUAUAUGAAUAUGUAUAUAUAAUAGAUAUUAUAUUAAAUAUAAUUAUAACAAUAAUAAAUUAUAAUUACAACUCCCUUUUUAUUCUUUUCCAGCUAGUCAACACAGAAUUUCCACCUCUUCUUAUGAAAUAUAUAAAAAAAGAAAUAAAAAGAGUUCACAAAAAUAAAGCUAUAGAGAUAAAAAAAAUUAAUAUACUACAUCAAAAAGGGAAGAUAAAAGAAAACAAGUGUGAUAAUAUGUCCACAGAUAACUUGUCCCAAAUGGGUUCAAGGGAGACAAAAAAUAUUACAACUGAUUAUUGUAAUGUUGUUAAUAAAAAGGUUGUCAAAUUUUUAGAAGACUUUAAAAAAGACUUUUUAAAUAAUAUGUUGCAGAGUUUGAAUAAUUUGUAUGAUUUUGUAAUUAGCAAGAUGGACGGAAAAUUGGGAAAUCACAAUAAAGUUUGUGAGGAUCCAUCUAAUGAUAAUAUAAAUGAAGAUAAUACAAAAGAAGAUAAUACAAAUGGAAAUAAUACAAAAGAAGAUAAUACAAAUGGAAAUAAUACAAAUGAACAUAAUACAAAUGGAAAUAAUACAAAUGAACAUAAUACAAAUGAACAUAAUACAAAUCAAAAUAAUACAAAUAACCAAGGUGAUGAUCAUUAUGGUGAUGAUCAUUAUGGUGAUGAUCAUUAUGGUGAUGAUCAUUAUGGUGAUGAUCAUUAUGGUGAUGAUCAUUAUGGCGAUAAUAAUUACCAUGACAACUUUCAUAUUAACUUGAACAGUUCAUUGGAUAUAUUGUCAAAAUAUAUAUUAAAUAUGAUAAAAAAAAUAAAAUUCAUCAAAGAUGCCGUUCUAAAUCUAGAUAUGUGUUUUAUUCCGUACAUUAGUUUUAAAGAUUUUCUCAUGUUCGCUUCAUACAAUUUAAAUGAAUUAAAUAAUUUGUAUUCUAAAGAAAAGAUGAAAAAACAUGCACAUAUACAUAACAAUGAAAUGGGCUAUUUAUAUGAUGAACAGGGUCCUCCAGCAAAAAAAAUAAGAAAAAAUGAUGAUACAGAUAAUGAAAUGGAAAAAAAUGCUUUUGAUGAUGAAGAAGAAAAUAAUAUACCCAUAAAUGAGGUUAAUAAAAUGAGAAAUGAAGAAAAUGAAAGUACAACUUUUGAUAAUAGUACAUUAAUACACAAAAAUGAUUGUAACAAUAGCGAUUAUAAUAUUUUCAAUAUAUUUUGUAAUAAUAAGAAGGGGUAUUUGUUUUUCUUUCAUAAUAUGUUUAAUAAUAUAAACUUGAUGAUUAAUAAUAAAUUUUUAUAUAAUAAAAUGGUUGAUGUAUUUUUUUCAAAGAAUAUAUUAAAUAAAAUCAUUAAAGGAUAUGAAUCACAUCAACAUUUAGAUAAUAAUUAUUUAUUAACAAUAAAAAAUAUUAACUCAAAUAAUAUAAUUCCUUCAGUUAAUAAAAAAUUAUAUGAUUAUUGUUCACAUUUUUUUUCAGAUAUUCAAUCUAAAAUAUAUUUAAAUGAAAAUGAUGAAGACAUUAAAAGUUUCAUCGUUUUUAAUAUAGCUCAAGAUAAUAAAACUAAAGAAAUUGAUGAGAAUCAUUUAUUAUAUAAUUAUAUAAAAAUUUUAAAAGAUAUAGAAGAAAAUCAAAAAUUGGAAAAGAAAAAAGUACAAUUUAGUAAUUUAAAAAAUAUAAAUACAAAAGCAAAGAUAUAUAAAAAGUCAGAUAAAAAUAACUUUGAAGAUCCUUUUAGAAAUAGAAAAACAUUAUCAUCACGGGCACCUUCAAAACAUGUUGAUGAUUAUGAAGCAUCGAACGUAGCACAAAAUAAUAAUUCAUUUGUUGAGGACAAAGCAGAUAUCCAUAAUAACAACAACAAUAAUAAUAAUAAUAAUACAAAAGUUCUAACAAAUAAUAUUACAAAUGAACAAAAGGAAUCUAAUUAUGUAAUAUUAAAUAAAAAUAAAAAUGAUAAUAUAAAUAACACACAUGAAGAAAAUCAUAUCACAAAAAAUUCUUUGACAAACGAAUUCGAUAAUUCAAAAAUUGGAACUACUAAAGAUUUAUCAAAUGGUUUAAAUAAUACGUAUCAAAAUGAAGACAUUUAUAAUAAAAAUAAUUAUGAUAAUUAUGAUAAUGAUGAUGAUGAUAAUGAUGAUAAUUACUAUAAUUAUCACGAUGGAGAAAAUGAAUAUGAUAAUUAUGAAGAUGUUUACAAUAAUAAUAAUUAUAAUUAUUAUGAUGAGGAAGAAAAUUUCCAAGAGGGAGAGGACCAAUAUAAUAAUUAUGAUCACAACAAUUCAAAUUAUAUGAUGAAUGCAAAUAUGGAAAAAGCAAAUGUAAAUGCAAAUGUAAAUGCAAAUGUAAAUGCAAAUGCAAAUGCUAAUAUUUAUUCUUAUAACUCGGAAAAUAAUAAUAUACCAGGAAAACAAAUAAAUAACAUAACAAACAACAACAAAAACAAUUAUAAUAAUAAUAAUAUUAAUUGUAAAAAUGAUAACGUGUUUCUUUCAAAUGAUCAUAAUAUGGAUAAUCAUAUUAAUAAUGAUCAAAAUUAUACAACUAAUGCAUAUGAAAACAAUCAAGCAUAUAAUAAUAAUAAUAAUAAUAUAGAAACAAAUGCACAAAAUAAAAAUAAUAAAUAUGAAGAUUGCACAUGUUAUCAAUUCAACUUAUUGGGAUGGAAAGAAUUUUCAGAAGAUGGUCAUAAAAAUGAUCUAGAUGUCUGUAAAAUUGUUAAUAAACCUUUCUUAUUAAGAGAUCCACGUAUAAAAAUGAAAUUUCUAAAAAUAUUAGAGAGACACAAUAAUAUUAAAGAUAUCUUCAAAAAAUUAGGAGUUGACAUAAAGUGA